UCGGUCAGCGCGGGCCGCCGGCGGGCCCAGCGCAGCUCGGCGAGCGCGGCGCGGCCUCCGCAGAGCGAGGCGGCGGCGGCGACUCCCGGCGGCGGCGAGGAGGGGCCGCCUGCCCGCCGGCCCCAAGAGCGGUGGCUGCGCUAUGGGCAGGAGGAGCCGGCGGGCAGCCGACAGCUCGUCCUCGGGGGAGGAGGAGGAGUAUGUGGUGGAGAAGGUUCUGGACCGGCGCGUGGUGAGGGGCCAGGCCGAGUACCUGCUCAAGUGGAAGGGCUUCUCCGAGGAGCACAACACGUGGGAGCCCGAGAAGAACCUGGACUGCCCCGAGCUGAUCUCGCAGUUCCUGCGCAAGGACCGCAGGAUGAGGGACAUGAGGGACAUGAGGGACAGCGAGGGGACACGGCCCCGCGAGCGCCCCGAGGGCGCCAAGCGCAAGGGACUGCCCGGGGAGGAUGGCAGGGCCAAGAAGAAGAGGGAGAGCAAUGACAUCGCCCGCGGCUUCGAGCGGGGGCUGGAGCCCGAGAAGAUCAUCGGGGCCACCGACUCCUGCGGGGACCUCAUGUUCCUCAUGAAGUGGAAGGACACGGACGAGGCUGACCUGGUGCUGGCCAAGGAGGCCAACCUCAAGUGUCCCCAGAUUGUCAUCGCGUUCUACGAGGAGCGGCUGACGUGGCACGCGUACCCCGAGGACAGCGAGCCCAAGGAGCGGGACCCCCCCCGCAGCUAAGCCCCCUCCCCACUGUACAUAGCCCCCAGGGGACCCCGGGCUGUCCCUCUGUCCCCUCCCCGUGUCCCCAGCCUGUCCCCACCCCCGGGGCAGGUUUGGGGGGUGGCCCCGAUUUCGGUGUUUUUUAAAGUCGGUGUUUUUAGCCGGGGCCCCCCCGGGGUGUCCCCGUGUCCCCUCUGUCCCCCACCCCCCCCGUGUUGUCCCCAACCCCCCGGAUUUGCUUCCAAUAAACGGUCACUUUUCAGAGCUGCCACCUGCUGGGGUGGGGACACCGCUGUCACCAGCA